AGCUUGGAGGGCACUAUGGUGUUGAAUGUGGAGCUGUAGUCUACAAACAGCAUUCUCACAUAUUUUCCAGAGACACAAACGGUCAGCAGAAGAAUCUCCAUCGUCACUGAGUGUGUGAAACACAUUUCAUUCCUAAAAUGGAGUUCCGAGCACUUUUCAUCAUCAUUUAUUCAUCGGGUUUUCUGAGCACCUUCAAAACUCAAGAAGUCAAAACUCCUAACGUCACCGAUCUGGCCUUCAAAAAUAUCGACUUUGCCAUGAAUCUCUAUCGCAAGAUAUCCAGUUAUCACGACAGGAACGUGUUCUUGUCGCCGCUCAGCAUCUCCACGUCUUUCGCCACACUCUUAUUGGCUGCUCAGGGCUCGACCCGCGCUCAGAUCGUGAAGGGACUGAAUCUUGAAUCUCUGGACGAUUCUCGAGAUGUUCAAGUGAUUCCGCGACUCUUUGAGCAGCUGCAGAAGAAUCUGUCUCUCGAUAGGACGCUGCAGAUGGAGCAGAGCACGGCGCUCUUUAUAGAUGAGCAGUUUCAGGUCGAGACUCUUUUCAGUGAUCAGAUCAAGAAGUUCUUUGGCGCUGAGGUCAAUAAUGUGGAUUUUGGGAAGACUGAGACCAGCCGGCAGUUCAUCAAUGAAUACGUGAGCAAAAAAACAGGUCAUAAAGUGAACGAGAUGGUGAAGAGUAUCAAGCCGCUGACACAGAUGAUGCUGAUCAACACCAUCUUCUAUCAGGGUGGCUGGGAACAUCCCUUUGACCCAAACAACACAAAAACAAGUCGCUUUUUUAUAGACAAGUACAACAUUGUUCAGGUUGCGAAGAUGUUGAAGGAGGAUAAAUUCUACACGACUGAAGACAGCGAGAUCAGAGCACGAGUGCUGCGGCUGUCGUAUCGUGAUGGAGUCGCCAUGUUGAUACUACUGCCUGAUGAAAAUGUGGAUUAUACCAUCAUAGAUGAUGAAAUCAAUGCACAACGAUUCUUCAAAUGGAUCAAAAACAUGAGAAAAAUCAAACUGGAGGUUCAUCUGCCCAAGUUCAAGAUGGAGCAGUCUUAUGUUUUGCAUGACAUUUUGCCUCAUUUGGGCAUCAAGAGUGUUUUUGAAGAUUCAGCAGAUCUCACGGGUUUGAGUAAAGACGCGGGGCUGAAGGUCUCACAGGUGCUGCAUAAAGCUGUUAUUGAGGUGGAUGAGAAAGGCACGACUGCGGCUGCGGCGACAUCGAUGGGAAUUACAGCUUAUUCUCUUCCAGCAACAUUCAUCGUGGACCGACCAUUCUUCUUCUUCCUGUAUCAUGAAGCCACUCACAGUCUGAUGUUUAUGGGCAGAGUGAUCGACCCCACACAGAACUGACACAAACUACAUUGAUUGGAGGAUCUUUUCAAAUGAACCUCAUUAAAACAUACUUUAUGCAUGUACGCAGAUGUAGAUGUGACUUUUUGUCUAACACACCUCAAGCACACGGGUCUGUUCACCAGAGUUACAUGUGGUUUUGCAUUUCUGUGUUAAUAUUAAACCUCAGUACCAAUUUGACAACAGUUAGAAAGAUUGGUGCUAUAAACAGCUAUAACAUUCUUAGCAAGAUUCUCUUCAAACUGUUGCUCCACCAUGAAAGUAGAUGAUCCGAAACAGAAAACUGACCAUAGAAGAAGAUAGUUGACGCUUAUGUCUGCUCUGGUGCCCCCUUUGGCAACGCUGAGAAAACAAAAUGUAUUUGUAUAGAGUGCAACACCCACCAAUUCUAUACAAAUACUUGUUCCGGAAGGAUUUUCCCAUUUAUUUAUUUCCAUAGUGAUUUCAUAGAAUCCUUUAUUAAAGAGUUGUGCACCAUGAACCAAACCAACCAGCAUCCCAAUCCCAACAUCACAAACUUUCAUUUGACAAUCAGACAAAAACACAAAGAUGAAUGAACUACAAUCCCAUGAAGCAUUGCGAAAUAUAUAAAACUAAUGAUUUAAACUUGAUUAGAAAAAUAAAAACAAUAGAUUUAAUGUAUAUCACAAAAUAUGCAAAUAUAUCAGCAGUUUUGUGAGCGUCAUUCACAGUGCAUCAUGGGAGUGGGCGGAGCUCUUUAGAUGUGAUUCUCUGAUUGGUGGAUCUUUCUCUUCAGGAUUAUGGGUAGUGUAGUUCUUCAACAGGAAUUCCGAUAUACAACACGAUUUUUAAAAAAUGUAGUUGAAAUAACAUGGACUGAUGUCUUCAACAGAAGCAUAUAACAUCAAGUAUCAACAUCAGAGCUCACGGUACGUCUGUCUUUCAAGGUUUAUAAGUUAUUGUUAAUAAUCAAUUCACAUAUGGAGAAAAGGAAUGGGGCUUUAACUUCUGAAACCAGACUGUUUCACUCUGUUGCAUUAUGAAUUGUGAUCUUGACACAUUGUGGAUCGCACCAAUGCACAAAAUCAAGCUUGCAUUGCGAAAAGCACCUUUAUUCACGUACUAGCUUAUGGACUAAAAAAUGAAAUAAUAUACUAUAACAUUUGCUUCAGUGUGUCAAACUAAAAUAGCAGCAAAAUGACAUUAAGUGAUAAAUAAGACAUAAAACAUAAUGAAACACUUUUGAAAUAAAAAUCAUCGGAGUCUUUAAUCUC